GUCGAUUUUACGGAUCCUUUCCGCAGAACGGCUCUGCAUAAAGCGGCAAGCCGAAGAGAUGGCUAUGACGACGUCGUGCAGCUGCUGAGGCUGCGCGCGAAUGCCUUGAGCCGCGACAACCGGAAGCAGCAAGCGCUCUUCAAAGCUUGUGACCCACGGGUCGCGGAGCUUCUGAUUCGGCAAAGGUGCCAGGUGCGAUGGAAAGACAGCUCUGGAAGGACACCUCUCUUCGUCGCUGCGGGCUCGGGGCUACCGAGCGGACCGCGGAUGGUUUGCGCGCUGAAGGAGCUAGGAG